AUGCAAGAUGAACACAUUCUGAUCGAUAAGUUGGAGGAUCAGAUCAUCGAUCAUCCGGACGCGUCCACCCAGCACCAGCUCCACAGCACAUCGCUUGACGAGACGUUCCAGAACAAGUUGAAUGCCAGAGCAGAGCAGAUCAAGUCCAACCAGGCCCACGAGUCCAGAAGAACAGGCAAGGACGGCGUUAACAGGCCUGCCCAUGACCCUGCUGGAGGCAACGGCUCCAUCAACUACCAGUUCUUGAUCAACAAGUCCCAUUUGGACUACACCUACAGGGACCACGAGGCGCUAGACCAGGAAUUGAGCGAGUGGUUCACCUACAAUGACUUGAAAGUGCUAUCCAUUGCCAACUUGAGGACCUCUUAUGCCGACGGAACUGACAUUGGUGAGGCUUUGUCCACAAUCGAGUCUGGCUCUAUCGCAGCAGCUAAUGGCCAGCUUGCUGCCGCCUUGGACCUGUUGAUUUACUACUCAUUUGGCUCCUACGCCCAAGCAUUCCAUCGUUCGGACCAACUCAGAUCAAUUAUCGGAAAUAACACCGAUCUCAUCUCGAAAUAUGCAUACCGCCCAUUGAUCUCAUUGCUUCAAGUAUUCAUUGAGUCCAUUACCUCAAACGAAACAUCUUCCAAACUUGAACUCGGGCAUACAUCAGAAUCUACUUACUUCAAGGUAUUAACUCUCUUGUACUUCAUGAUCAACGUGGCACUUGAAAUUGAUGACGACGCAAAAGCAGACUUCCAAUUACACCUUGAGAAAACUGACCUACUUUCGUCCUUGUUACAGUUUUUGGAGCACUGGAAAUGGAACCCCAAUAAUUCUUUAAGAGCCAGGUACUUAAUUAUGACGAUCUGGAAAUUGAUAUUGCUUGAAAUGGGAGACUCAAAUCAUGUCAAGCUGUGUGAUGAAUAUUUGAUCCAAAAGUAUGACAUCAAAAACAAAAAUAGUGGGGAUUCGGCAACAAAGAAGCUAACUUGUUCCCCUCUAGAUUACUUCGCAUUCAAGGAAGAUAUAUUGGAUAAGUAUCCAUUGUUCGAUAAUCCAACUUUGCAAUCUUUCAACUUUGAUGACUUCAAAAGAACUUUGGAUGAAGAGGGGAUUGACUCCAAUCCUUCGAAUGAACUCAACCUGAUGAACGAACUCAACGAAAGCUCUUACAAAAAGUAUAAGGAAUAUAUGGCGUUGAAUUAUUAUUCUAAUUCGCUAUCGAAUUUGAUUGAAAGUCCUAGAACUUACAAGUCGCAUACAGUUCUCAGUCAAUUGCCGGCUCAAACUGUUCACAUUGCUACUCCAAUACCUUCUCCUACUUUAAUUGCAUCUGACUAUAUGUCAGGGGGUGAAAAAAUCCGGAGAUCCUAUCAAGUAAAUCAAGCAAUGCCUUUCAUUUACCCAAAUACAGAGGGAGACCUCCAGGGUCUGGAUACAAAUGUACCUUUGGCCAUUAAGGAGGCUGAUCGCAUCUUGAAGGAUUCUGUGUAUGAAAGCUACUCUAAAAAGAGAUUAUGGGAAGAGAGAGAAUUGUUUAUGACACAAGAGCGAGGGUAUAAGAGUGAAUACAACCAAUCUCCUGAUUUUGAUACAAAAAGCAGUUCCACUAAAACUGAAACUAGCAAGGAUGAAUUAAAAAUACUACGUACAAUCAACAGGAUAGAGUUGUUCUACAAGAAAAAUUUCAUAAGGUUCAACACAUUCAUUCAAGUUUUGCUAGAAACAAUCAAAUCUAAUAAACUUGACUACAACUUGAACUUCCCUGAAUGGGAGCUUAACCCUGAAACUUCAUACCUAAACAAAAAUGCUUCCGCAAAUUUCGAUCCAGAAACAAAAUCAAAGAUUGAGUUUGUCUUGAUGCUGCAGCUUGAGGUGAUAAAUGUGAAGGAGAUAACAGCAAAGGCAUCAACUGGAAUUAUUUUUCUACUCCUCAAAUGGUUCAAAAUCAACCACGUUAUCAAAUUUUAUUAUCUUACUUCAUUACUAUUCGAUCAACAGUUUUUUACUCUUUCACUCGACUAUCUAAGCAGAAGCUUCAAUAACUCCAAUCUUCAAAGUACAGAUAAAGAUGACGAGAUCACUGAAUAUGAAGUUUUGAUCAACCAAAACAAAAUUAUGAAUCCCAAAAUUGCAUUACCUAAAUUUGAAUUCUUCAAUAAUUGUUUGAAUCGUUUUCCCUCAGACUUCAAGUACAAACUCGUCAACAAGAAUAUUAUACUGCAUCUCCCUAAAAUCAUGGAUGAUGAUGGCAUUAGCAACACAUACAUCAAGGAGUACAACGAAAACUUCUGCUUCAUUUUAAGUAACGUAUUAAACAUCACAAACAAAAUCUUGAUACCAAAUAUAACCCAGAGGAUUUUCACUUUAAAUGAGUUGAAACCAUCAGAAUUAUAUAAGAUGAUAGUUUUGAACUAUGAGAAUGAAUUCGUCACUCUCCCUAUUCUCAGGAUUUUGAAGAAGCUAGUUCCCUACCAAGGAAGAAAGUGGAAGUCCGUUAAUAUGGACUUGAUCUCCCAAAUUUACUUAAAAACGCCGUUAACACUAAAAGAUAAUUGGCUAAGUGGCAAAGAUCUUGAAAGUGACUUCAAUAACUCCUACGACCAAGAAAUAUCCUUCAGGGCCUUAUUACAAUUCUACAACGUUCGAAAUUACCAGAAAGAGAUGGAAUGGAUUGGUUAUCAAGUCAACAAAGACGAAGAUAUUCCUUUGUUGAGCUUGGGGGAGGAGGAGGAUGUAUACUGGUAG